AUGAGCAGUCUUGUGAGAUUUUUAUUAAUUUUUGCGCUAUGCGCAACCUUGGCUAGGGGUCUGGACAAUAGUGAGAUGCCACAGACGGAGCUGCCGAAAUCGGAAUCGGAGAACGCUCGUGGUCUGGCCACAAACGAGUCGCCUGCAGACCUUAAGAAGAACACCCAGAUAUUUAUGGGCAUCUACAAAAACUAUAAGAGCACCUAUUUGGGGAAUAAGACCACCAGUGAAUACAAGAAGCGUCUGCGAGAUCGUGUAAGUGCGCCAGCGCUGGGCAAUAACGGGGCCAUCGAGGAGCCUUCCGCAGCUACUGAAGCCCAACCAGCCACCGAUGCUAGUCAGGACAUGCUGGCACAGGAGCUUCGCAGCGAGUCUAAUGCAGAGGCAUUGCUGGAGGCUCAAACUGACACUCCCACCUACGACAACGGGGAGGCAGAAAGCAGCAAAAAGCGACGCAAGCGGAAGCGGAAAUAUCGCAACCAAAACGGCGCAGGAGCACCUCAAAGGAAACACGAUGAAAAAGCGGAGCAAGAGCCAACCGUAGACGACGGCAUAGAGCGCUAUCAUGUUGGUCCCGGACUCAAUGUCAGUCUCGACAUGAACGCGGAUAUUGUGCGUGUGAAGCUGGAUGGGGACAACUUGAGAGAGAUUCUAGCUGCACGUUGGCUCAGCCUGGACAACAGCGAGGAAGGUCGCGGGAAGAAGUAUGACAUGAUGACGAAGGUGCUGCCUCUAUUCAUACUACCCUUUCUCAUACAGUCAGCCAUAGUGCCGUUCUUGGUGACCAAGUUGAAGCUGCUCUUGGUCAAGUCCAUACUGGUCGGCAAGCUGGCUAUAUUCCUGCUCAUUAUAUCGGCCAUCAAGAACAGCAACAAAAUGAUGCAAUCUUAUGAGGUGGCACCGUCGUAUUGGGCCGGCGAGCCAAGCAGAAGAUCGGAGUUGGCCGCAGCCGCUUCCUCCGCAGCGUACAAUGGCUAUAGAGUGGAGGGAAAGCCAACUACUUGGAUAAGUUAA